AGUAGUACAACCUGCACUACGCACUGUACCGUGUGGAAAGGCCGUUGGGUCAGCUUCUUGCUGUCCCUUCGGUUCCGUUCCGUUCCGUUCCAUCGGUUGCCAGCUCUCUCUCGGCUCCCUCCUGCUAUAUAUCAGAGGGUUACGCUUGGCUCAAAGGCUCAGCUUCUCCUUCCUCGCCAACGCCUAGCAGCCUGCCUCACGCGCGCCCUUCCGUUCAGCAACCACCGCCGGCCGACCAGUUGCCUCCUUCGGCAGCUAUACGUACCAGCCACAGGCCAUAGCUGCUGCAAGGUCGUUCCUGGAAAUUAAGAGCAGUUCAACUUCAGAGAGGAGUGGAGAGGAAAAGCUUGCUCCGAGACAUGAGGGAUAUGGGAGAGAAGAGGAGACAUGGGCAUGGACAUGGACAUGGACAUGGCCACGGCCAUCUUGUUGGGUUUGGAGUCGGAGGGGUUGGACAUGCAGAGCAUGAGGAGAAGCGCAUGGAGCAGAAGAAGCUGGACAUGAGCGGCAUGUGCAUGGACACCCUGCCACAUCUCACCACACCCCUUGGCAACAUCACUACCUUGGAUCUCUCUAACAACAACCUACAGAGCAUUCCGGAGUCCAUAAUCGCGAGGCUCCUGAACGUGGUUGUGCUGGACGUGCGGUCCAACCAGCUCAAGUCGCUGCCCAACUCCAUCGGCUGCCUCUCCAAGCUCAAGGUCCUCAACGUCUCCGGCAACCUGCUCCAAGAACUGCCGGCCACCAUCGAGGAAUGCCGCGCGCUGGAGGAGCUGAACGCCAACUUCAACCAGCUGACGAGGCUGCCGGACACGCUGGGCUUCGAGCUCCAUGGCCUCCGGCGUCUGUCCGUGAACUCCAACAAGCUGGCGUACCUGCCGUCGUCCACCUCCCACAUGACGGCGCUGCGGUCGCUGGACGCGCGCCUCAACUGCCUGCGCGCGCUGCCCGACGGGCUGGAGAACCUGGGCGGGCUGGAGACGCUGAACGUGAGCCAGAACUUCCAGUACCUGCGGGAGCUGCCCUACGGCAUCGGCCUCCUCGUCUCGCUCCGGGAGCUGGACGUGAGCUACAACUCCAUCGCCGCGCUGCCGGACUCCAUGGGCUGCCUCACCAAGCUCGCCAGGUUCAGCGCCGCGGGCAACCCGCUGGUGUGCCCGCCCAUGGACGUCGUCGAGCAGAGCCUCGACGCCAUGCGCGCCUACCUCAGCGCGCGGAUGAACGGCACCGCCAAGGCCAAGAAGAAGAGCUGGGUGCCCAAGCUCGUCAAGUACAGCACCUUCUCGGCGGGGAUGAUGACGCCCGGCCGCACCAAGAACAACAGCACCGACGGCCUCCACAUGUCGGAUUACCAGUCGCUCCACGGCGGCGGCAUCGCGUCGCCGGGGUUCCUCAGCAUGCUGUCGCCACGGCGUCUCUUCUCGCCGCGGAGAAAUUCCACCAAGCACUAGCUAGUAGCUUAAUUAGUACGUACGUAGUGGUCACUCUGGUCCCCGGCGACGGCGAGCUAUACAUUAUGCAUGUGUGCUGCCUGCCUGUUUGCUUGCUGCAUGAUUCGAGUGUUCAUCAGAUGUGCUAUGCUCGUAUUGUAGCACAAGCUAAAGCUACUGAUCUUGCUACUGCAGGUGUAUAUGCUUUCAAUUGAAGAGAGGUAUUUCUGAAGUGUGUAUAGUAGUACGUAGUGCAAAUAGUAGGGCAUUGAUGUACAUAAGAAUUAAGGGUGUCCUUUUUUUUCUUUUC